AUGGCAUCGGUGCAGAUUGUCGACGUAGUACCAUCCUCGGAUGGCACUGGUGCACAGCCCGGUGUGGCCGCUAUGGUUCGCAACGACACAUACUUCCUUGAGAAACUGGCCGACCGCUGGAUGAAGGAGCGAGGCGAUCAACUCCCUGGCGUCACUUACAAACUCGCGCGGCUUCCGACUGGGUUCGCAGGCUUUGAGCGACAACGUGAUGGCUCGAAGCACGUGGACCGGUACUUGUAUGGUCAUCCGAAUGGUGUGUUCAGAUCACUGAACGAGAUCUACCCUCACUUCAAGUACUUGCAAGACUAUCAUGGCACGAUCGGCUGUCCCUGCAAACUCUGUACUGGAAUUGGCAAAGGCAAGAGAAAGAGUGAGAGCAACUCGAUUGUUAGUGGCAGUCAAUCAGAGCGAUCUACACACUUUGGAACCAGCUCGUCUAAAUCUGCCAUUCGCAAAGACAACCCCCAAGGCCUUCCGCAAGGCCGUCUUGACUCCGACUCGCCAGCGCCAGCACGUGGAAAUCCCGUCGACGAGGAAGGUACCCCAGAUGUCUACCGAAAGUUACUGGACAGACUCAGUGAGGCGGGUUCCAAUGGCAUAUCGGAGAACAUCAUCGAUCAAUUAUCGCCAGACUGGAGAGCCGGUAAUGAAGAGCUGCAAAGCUUGCUAACAGACUGGCAGUCGCAACCUGCCUAUGUUCCACGAAUGGGCGAAGUAGUGCUCUUUGCGCGGAGCGUGUCCAACGGCGAGGCCAUUGCUUGGGAUGCGAGCACGCAAACCCUACGACGCACGGAUCCCGAUUCGCGCUCUUGGCUAGACCGGUUGAAAUGGGAGGCCGGAGUCGUCACUCAGCUUCCAGUUGAACCAGUCGGGAGCGACGACUUGUCUGAAGUUCCCAAAAGCAAGAAACAGAAUGUCGCCUACACCGGAUUUCGCAUCGAGCCCCUGUCAGAGCCGUCAAAUGACUACAAGCCCCACAGCAAGCAGCACAAAUACGUGCCGCUGCAUGCCAUUCGACCGUUCUCAUUCUGGAAGGAGUGCAUGGGUGGACUGCCUGAACAAGAUUGGCAUGCCACAGUCAGGCACACGCUCGCGACAGCUGGCUCCUUCAGUUUGAUCGGAAAGUACAGCUUCAAGGGCGUUUGGCCUGAAGCAACUCUUUUCAUAAGAGGAGUGUACCUCGGUCCGGAGUUUAUCAUGGUGGGCGAUGUUGUUCGCUUAUCGCCAACGGAAUCCAAGCGGCCAGUCACAGACGUAAUGGUCAUUAGCUCCAUUCGCCUUCGCUUCGUGAACUUGGACCAGGCGUCUGAGAACGACUACGACAAUGGACGCCCCUAUAUGACCUGCCUCCACGUAUGUGGGAGGGCGUUUACCUUGGAUCCCAAAAAGAGUAGCGAUGGCAUCGCCAAAUCUCCUGCGAAGCCAGGAGAGCACGGUCUACCCGCUUGGUUCAAGAGCUACGGACAGUGGUUCCACGCAGUCGACUGCGGAGACGUUAAGGCAAAGCUAGAAGUCCCAUACCAUAGAGUCAUCGGACGCUGCCUCGAGGAUUCGGCUGUCAAAGCCUGGUUCUCAACGCCGACUGACAUGGUAGCCCCUUCCUCUUUCCAGGCCGUCAACUCAACACCCGCAACCAAGUUCCGCGCAUCCGACAUAUCGCAAUGUCUGGAGGGUGUACAAGAGGCUAGAAGGUACAGUCGUGACCACGACGCUCGGAUUGACAGAGCUGCCGGCAAGUCGUGGUAUUGGGCCGAGACUCGAAUCGAGCAGCUGGACCUGCAUGAGGUAAACAAUGCUUUCGUUGGAGUCAAAGAUGAAGAACGUUCGCAAAAACAAGUGAAUGCACGGAGGCAGGCACUGAAAGUGCUGGAUGGAAAGAAAGGAGGCCUGGAGGAGUACCACGCCGCGCGCCACCAGCGGCUGGAAGAGCAAAAGAGACGCGAAAGUGCACAGGUGGGUUCCAGCGCCUGGGGCAACAUGGCUUCUGCUGUACAAGCUGAUAGCAUGGAUGCGGAGAGUGGUGGAAACGAUGAUAUGAUGGAAGAGGAUGUAGUGGAUGACAAAGGCGUGGAAGGCGACGCAACGGAAGGUGAUGCCAUGGAGGUGGAGGACGAGCUGGAGCACCAGCUGGAGCGCGAGCAAGUCCCACGAGGGUUUCACAUGCAUGGAGGUGUUGUCGACCUUACUGACGAAUUGGACGAAGACGACGAGAUGUACGAUUGA